UUUUCUUAUUCCUUAGGCAUAUCCAGUUCCAUUCAAUUUCUUUAUUCAUAAUGGACAGUAUUUUGUGGCAAAUGCUAACAUUAAAGGUUUUAAAAGCACUAGGGUCUUAGAGAGUGUUACAAGUGUAAAUAUUAGUAAGACAGGCAUCCCUUACAGAUGAGGCUGGAGAGCGACGAUCAUGGUCUUGGGAGGCGAGUGGCCACCGGACCAACCAUUGCCCACAGCUCCACAAACAAGGUGGGCCUGGAGAGUGAGAGUCACGGCACACCCGUGAGCAGGGCCCCCAGAAAUGGCGUCAGCCUGAGCAGGAGAUAUCACUGUUCAUACUGCGCCUACAGUUCAUCCGUUACCACCAACUACAGGAAUCAUAUGCGUACUCACACAGGGGAAAAGCCUUACUCAUGUCCUCAUUGUCCAUACAGUGCAACCACAAGAACAACCUUGAAAAGGCAUGUACGAACUCAUACUGGAGAGAGACCAUAUGCUUGUGCAUAUUGUUCAUACCGCUCAACCAGAAAGGAACACUCAAAAGCCACAUACUUGCACACAUGCAAAACUGCAGUAUGA